AUGACCAGACUCACAUGUGUGGCGUUAGUUUUCGUGCUAUUUGCAGUCAACGUGGCACCACAAAUGGUUCCACGCACUCAAACUGGUGGGGGCUCACAGCCUAUUCUCUAUGUUCCGCUCGGUGGCACUGCCGAAAUCAAACUUCCUAAAGUUGCCAACUAUCGACGUGUUCUGUCAGAAACAGGUGUACAGCCUCAAGAGUACAUUUUCAGAGUUUGCAAUGGGAAAAAUAAGAAGACGUGUGGAUUCUGGGAGAACACAAAGAACAAGACCGAUAUCAUCAGAAGCCCAACAAGUUACAACAAAAACAAGAAAGCGUUGAUUGUGAAAAAGUUUAAAGUAGCUGAUUAUGGACUUUAUACGACUGGAAAUAGAGAUCAAUUCCAAUUUGUUCAGCCAUCAAUGUCCAAAUGA